CACCAGUGCACAGUCUGCAACAAGGGAUUUGCCAGGUCUGACGGGGUGAAGCGUCACAUGCUAAUUCACACAGGUGAAAAACAGUUUGCCUGCCAGCAGUGUCCCAAAAGAUUCACCCAAUCUGAACAUCUGAAAAAACACCAAAAGGCAUUAAUCUUAGACAACAAAAUGUACGAGUGUUCGGAGUGUCACAGGCAGUUCAAGUACCUGGACAACUGCAAGAGGCACAUCAGGACUCACACAGGAGAGAAGCCCUACUUCUGCCCCCUCUGCAACAAACAGUUCUCCCAUGCUGGUGCACUGCUACCACAUCAGAGGACUCACUCAGGGGAACGUCCGUUUGAGUGCACAGUGUGUUGCAAGCGGUUCACAGUGGCGGGCAACUUGAAGCGCCACAUGCAGAUCCACACAGGGGAACGACCUCACGCAUGCAACAUCUGCAUGAAGCACUUCUCACAGGCAGAGCAUCUCAAGAAACACCUGAGAGUGCACAUGGAGGACAGGCCUAAGGCUGGCAGGAAGAAAAAUUCACAGCAACAACAACAACAGUUUAUGGGUAGUACUGCAACUACAAAUUGUAACAACACAACUACUGCGAGUAAUGGUGGUGCUGGUAGCAACAACGGUGCUACCACAACACAGCAAAAUACAACUGCAGCUACAACAACUGCCACAACAUCCCAACAGCAGCAGCAGAGCAACAACACAACAUCUCAUAACCAAACUGGAGUGACACAAACUCGCAACAAUCCACAUUCUCAUCAACUGACUAUUGCACAACAUUUACUGCAGCAACAACAACAGCAGCAGCAGCAAAACAAUCAACCACAAGUACUCAACCAGAUGAAUCAGCAGCAGCAGCAGUCAACACUUUCCUUGCAGCCACUGCAGUUAACUGCACAUCAACAACUUCAGCAACAAAUUCAGCAAACUCAGCAACAAAUCCAGACAUCAACUCAACAGUUACAACAGGUUCAGACAUCACAGAAUCAACAAUUGCAGCAGCAACAACAAUCCAUCCAAGCCAAUCAACUUCAGAUGCAAUCACAGCAGCAUGUGAUGCAAACACAGCAACAACAACAGCAACAACAACUCCUGGCACAACAACAACAGCAAAUAAUACAACAGCAACAACAACAACUACAACACCUCCACCAACAGAUACAGCAGCUGCAGCAGGUGCAUCAACAGCAGCUGCAGCAACAGCAGCAGCAACAGCAGCAGUUGCAACAACAACUUCAGCAACAGCAACUGCUUCUCAAGCUAAAGGAGCCACAACAAGCUCAACAACAACAUCAACAACAUCAGCAGCAACCAUCACAACAGCAACAUCAGCAACAGUUAAUUCACCAUCAUCCAGUUAUAUUUUCAAAAUCUGACAACAACAACAACAAUACGUCUACCACUACCAACAACAACAAUAACAACAAUAAUAAUAGUAACAGCAAUGGUAAUAACAAUAAUUAACUGAAACUGAAAGAUGAACAAUUAGUGAAGACAAUCCUAGCCCACUCAUAAUAACAAAUAAUUAAUAAUUUAUUUAUGUACAUAAUGUAACUAUUAUAGAUAGAUAUUUUCAACAUACAACAGAUUAUAUAUGUACAAGUAUUUGCUAUACGUUGCUAUAUAUAAUGCAUGUUUCUUCAUUAUGAUUGCUUAUAUUCCAUUGAUAAAUAUGUAUGUAUAUAUGUCUAUACAUGUUUGUAUAAAUAUGUGGAUAUAUAUAUGUAUAUGUAUAUAUAUAUAUGUGUGUGUGUGCGUGUGUGUGUGUGGGAGUUUUGUAUGUGAUACUCGUUUUUACUUGUUUAUCUAUCUACAUACACUUUAAGUAAACACACUUUUAACUUUUUUAUUUUUCCUUUUAUAAUUUUAAUCAUGCAAAUAUAUAUAUGUAUAUAUAUGUGCGUGUGUGUGUACGUGUAUUUAAAGAUGUUAUAAAUUACAUUUGUUACAUUUAUUUUUUAGUUUUUGAUUUGUUAAUUUUAGUUAAUUGAUCAAUAAUAAAGUUUAAUAAAUUGUUCAUUAAUUAUCAAUAUUCAUUUAGCUCUAACGCACGUAUGUCAUUACGACGAUGUUUAUUAUGUAUAUAUAUAUAUAUUGUUUAGUUGAAUUAUGUUAGGUGUUAUAAUUUUGUUACUAAUGUAUAUAAAAUUAUACUAAUGGGGGAUGGAUGAAUAAUGGAAUGAGUGAUUGAGAGAAUGAAUGUAUGGAUGAAUUAGCAAACAAAGAAUGAAUAUUUAACAUAUUUGAAAGUUACUCAUUGUAAUUCCAUUGAUUUUAUUUCAUUUUUGUACUUUUGACCUUUAAAGAACAACAUGGCUUUGA